CCUGUCGGGUUGCAGCAACUACCAGAAUGAGCCAAACUCCGAGUGGAAGACGAAAGCCCAUUUCUCCUGCUGUUGCGGAAGCGCGACGGGGUUUCUUCUCAACGUCCAACACAGGUACUGCCGGUGCUAACGACAACAGCAGCGUGAGCGGUGCAGCGAUGAAAGCUGCCUCCUUGAAUAGGGAUGCCGGCGAGAAUAGAAUGGUUGCGCCGGUUAGAGCUUUGCCCCGACACAUGGUGCUGCAGGCGGAUACCAGCGGAAUAGCUGGUAGUGAUGGCGCAACAGCUGCUGAUGAGCCCGGCAUGGUACUGGAAGCUAGCACCGGUCUGUCCAAGUCCCUGAACGACCUGGACGCUAUGAAUGGCCGCCUAAAAGAGGACAACAGCGUACUGCACCUCAAGGACGAGCAGCGCCGUCUAAAGCAAGAUGUUUCGGACAAGAAGCGGGGCAUUGCCAGACUCCAAAAGAUCAGCGAUGAGUUGACCAUGUUGCUACAGCAGCAUCACUAUCUACAGGAGGCUGCAAGCAAGCGGGAGCGCCUUGGGCACACCAUGCGCCAACGUCUCGAGGAGCGAUGCCAGAAGUUGGAAGCCACCAACCGGCAACUGACAAGUCAACUGGAGCAAGAGCGCAUCAGUCCUGGAUCUACACAUGUGCAGGCACAAGAAGACAUGAGGGAAGCUCUUAUCAAGCGAGAUCAGAUGAUCAAAUCGCUGCAAUCUCAACAUGAUACCUGCGCCGGCACGAUUGGCAACCUGCAACAGCAGCACACUCGACUUCUGCAGGACAUGGCGUGGCUGAAAGUCCUGCAGGACGCCGUUGUGGCGAGCGAGGUCAAACUGCAGUACGCAGAAGAAGAGCUUGCUAAGCAAGUCGAGUUCAACAGCCGACUCCCGCAGCUCGAGGAGGAGUUUCUCGGACUACAGGAUGCGUCGCAGCAGCAGCGUGCACGACACGCCGAGCGCAUCCGCCAACUUCAAAGGGAAUCCAGUGAGCUGUCCAGCCAGCUUCAAGCUCGUGGCGAUGAGUUGUUACCAUUGAAGCUGUGUGUGCCGCCAACCAUAGCCCGUGAUCUGGAGCAGCUAGUUGUGCAGCGUGACCAGCAUGUCAGCGUGCUGACCGAUGAGGUGUUGCGGUGGCAACAGCUUUACAUGGAUGAGCUACGCGAAGGCACCGCGGCCAGGCAAGCAGCAUCUCCCAAGCUCAUCACCAGAAGAUUGGCAAGUGCUGAGAGCCCAGGUAUUGCGCGGCGCUCUAUCGGCGCACCGCAGUUCCUCAGCUCCAACCUGGUGCGCGGCUCAGCUGAUGCCAGCCGUCGUUCCGGCCGUAAGAACACUGAGCAGCAGCUGGAGCGGCGCCGUCAGGACCUCAACAUGGCCAUGCAGCAUCAGCUGGAGUUAGAAGCUGGGAUCAAGACUUUGGAGCAUCUAGUGAACCAUCAGGAGUUAGAGCUACUAGAGCUUCAACAGCAGCAACAAGGUGUGGAAGAUGGCGCUGCUUUGGCCAGCACUCGGUAUUCCGUAGCUCACAGCGCACGCAGUCGUGUGGUCAGCGGCAAUGCCACGCCAUCCAGUAUCUUCUCCUACCCGCUGCCCGGCAGUCACGCUUUGAAACCAGGCCAGUGGGCAACGUCCAGCUUCCACUCGUACACGCCGCGUGCUUCGGCCGCGGAGCCGUCGAACGGUGGGAGCGUGACGGCAAGUCCCGUGCGGAAGCCGCCGCACUUUGGCAGCCAGCAGGCAGUCUCGAGCUUACCCACACAGACGCCUCCCAGAGGGAAUGACGGACCAUUGAGCAGUAAAGAUGAUGUGAUUUUGCAGAUCCAGGACGACUGCAUGGUGUGAGUUGUUACCAACCCAGUGCCCAGCUCUGCCAUGGGCGUGUGCGUGUGUGUGCACGCUCGCGCUGGGCCAAGAAGAGAACGGAAUGAUUUUGAGCUGGCCGGCUACAGCUCACUUGCCUCACUGGCAGCCAUGUGCUGUUAUGCAAGGUAGAAUGCAGCCCAUCUAGCCAUCAAGCUGGCAGCAACCUUCAGUAUGAACAGCAAGUAUGAGUUGUGUGGUCGGCUGACCCUACUCGACCUAUGACAAAGAAGUUUUCCCAGCUCUUUGCGGGUGGAUGGCACUGGUAUGUCUUGGUGGACAGUACAGUCGUAUACCUGUGCUACAUAAUCUUGAGAAACUAGGCCUUGAGACAGAGAAGCUAGCUCACUUUGAAGCAGACAAUGCUACUGCCUACAGAAACUAGAGGCGGCAACUGCACAACAAUGUAGUUGUUUAUCACAAUUAUUCAGAUAUCAUAAUAAUAUUAUUAUGACAUUAGUGAAUCCGUACCGAAGGUUUUAUCAUGACAGUACUGUAUUACUUGAGAUGUUGAGCAAUAUCUAUUAGCAACACAUGUACGGUAAGCGAGACCAUGUACGGAUAUGUAUUAUGUUUUUGUUAUUAUUUUGAUGCUUUUUCCCGAUCCUCAAUGUCACCCGCAUGCACCAAGAGCAGUUCAGGCAAAUGUGCUCCGUCACGCA